CACCCACCCCUCCCCCACCCCCCAGCGGUGGGUUGGGCAACGAGAGUCACGAACGAACGACCCGAGUCCCUAGCAGACGACGCGAGCGGUUGUGUGAGUGUACGUGUGUGUGAGCCCGAUUCGGUGCUCCGCAGUGUAGCGGCGAGGGGACGUCGCCCUCCCUCCGCCAAGUUCAAGAGGUCCUGGUCCUAGGUCCUGCCGAGGGGUAGCCAUAACCUCAACAUGCUGUCGUCAAUUGUACCGAGGGCUGCGCUCUCAAGCAGCCACUGCAGCAGGAAUGGGGCACUCCAGUCAUUAUGUAGAGUUGUCUGCGGCGAUCCUUCCAGCCACUUCCAGCUCACGAAUCCUCCUCGACGGUGCUAUCAUGAAGUGACUGGUGACAUCAUCUGCCCUUCGAUGGUUCAGGGUAUCGACCACCUGAGAGAUCCCCGCCUUAACAAGGGCCUUGGCUUCACUUUAGAGGAGAGACAAGCCCUGGGAAUCCAUGGUUUAAUGCCGCCAAAGUUUAGAAGUAUGGAAGUUCAGUUGAACUUGUGUUGGAAGUCUGUGUGCCGGUACAACGAUGCCAUCAACAAGUUCCUGUACCUUGCUGAGCUUCAGGAUCGAAAUGAAAGACUCUUCUUCCGCUUACUAUCAGAAAACGUCGAAGCUCUGAUGCCUAUUGUCUACACACCAACUGUGGGACUUGCUUGCCAAAAGUAUGGUCUCAUUUAUCGUCGACCCAGGGGACUGUUUGUUACAAUCCAUGACAAGGGCCAUAUUUAUGAUGUCCUUAAGAACUGGCCCGAGCCCGACGUCCGCGCGAUCGUGGUGACGGAUGGCGAGAGGAUUCUGGGUCUGGGUGACUUGGGUGCAUGUGGGAUGGGAAUCCCAGUCGGCAAGUUGGCCCUGUACACGGCAUUGGCCGGCAUCAAGCCUCACCAGUGCCUCCCCAUUACUCUUGAUGUGGGCACCAACAACCAGACACUUCUGAAGGAUGCUCUGUAUAUUGGGCUGAGGCAAGAACGUGUUACUGGUGAAGUGUAUGAUGAGUUCAUUGAUGAAUUCAUGAAAGCUGUUGUGAAGAGAUACUCCCAAAACACACUUAUUCAGUUUGAAGAUUUUGGUAAUCACAAUGCUUUCCGAUUCUUGGACAAGUACUGUGAGGAGUACUGCACCUUCAAUGACGACAUUCAAGGUACUGCAAGUGUAGCUGUGGCUGGUUUGAUGGCAUCUAAACGUAUCACCAACAGAAAACUCUCUGACAAUAAGUAUGUCUUCCUUGGAGCAGGAGAGGCAGCUAUUGGUAUUGCUGAUCUUACUGUGAAGGGCAUGAUGGCAGAAGGGUGUUCAGAGCAGGAGGCUAGGGACAAAAUCUGGAUGGUUGACAUUGAUGGCCUUCUAGCCAAAGACAGACCAGAGGGGCAUCUUGAAGGUCACAAGGUAAAUUAUGCGAAGGAUCACAAACCAACCCACAGCUUCAUUGACAUUGUCAAUGAGGUAAAGCCAAGUGUUCUCAUUGGUGCUUCGGCUUGCGCUGGUGCAUUUACACCCGAGGUGCUGAAGCAAAUGGGAGCAUUUAAUGAGCGUCCCAUUAUAUUUGCUUUAAGUAACCCAACUAGCAAAGCUGAGUGCACCGCUGAACAGGCUUAUCAGUACACUGAAGGCCGUUGUAUAUUUUCCAGUGGUUCCCCCUUCCCUCCUGUUGAAUAUGGAGGUAAAACCUUCACUCCCGGUCAAGGAAACAAUGCGUAUAUAUUCCCUGGAGUUGCUUUGGGUGUUAUUGCGACUGGAAUGCACCACAUUCCGGAUGACAUAUUCCUUAUAUCAAGUCAGGUCUUAGCAGACUCGGUGGCUCAAGCAGAUCUGGAUAGGGGAAGCCUUUACCCACCUUUGGGUGACAUCAGAGAGGUGUCUGUCAGGAUUGCUACCAAAGUAGCCAACUAUGCCUACAAGAAAGGGCUGGCGUCUUUGUAUCCAGAGCCAAAAGACAUGGAAGCAUUCAUCAGGUCAACUCAGUAUGAUUACUAUUAUGACUCACCACUGCCUGCAACAUAUCCUUGGCCCAAAGAAGUUGAAGAUCAUGUUCCAAUUGGAGAUCUCUCAGACAAGGAACUUAUGUACUAAAUAAAUGCUUGAGAAUAUUUCUCUUUAACAUAAAUCCUUUUUUAUUUAUUUAUUUGAGGAAAGGUUCUUGUAAAACUUAUUUGGAAAUGUCAAUAUUGUAGAUGUAGGUGUCAGGUUUAUUUACUCUUGACACACAGCAUGUAACUCACCGCUUAAAGCUAUCUGUUAGAGGCAUGGAAACCUUUUAAUUGAAAUUUGCUUAAGAAUUAUACAUUUUGGUUUAAGAUAAUCCUUGACCCUGUCCUUUUUGCAGUGUUGUGAAUUAAGUUAUGUUGGGAAUGUUGUCCUUGCCUGUCACUAGCCGUACAGUAUGUCCUAGUAAUUUCUUUGACAUUUCAAACUUGCAUUUGGUAAGUAUUAAUCAUUCAAAAGAUGGUUGAGCGUGCUUGGCUUUUUUUCUCUAGUGGUUAAGUGCUUGGACUUCCAAGAAAAAGCAAUGUGAUCCCUAUUUUUAAAUUUACGUUGUCAUAAUGAAUACACGCAAAGCUGUAUCCCAUCUUUGAGUGUCCCCAGUGAACAAGAUUCCUUACCUUUUUGUGCUUUGUAAAUUUUUGGGGUUUUAACCAAAGACCUAGUUUAAUUUUGAGGAAGUUGUUACAUUCAAUAAUUCUUUAUUGAUAUCUGUGAUUGGAAGGAGUGGACUGAAUACAAUUCACACUAUCUUCGUCAUUGCUGUACUGUUAAUUAAUUCUACCUGUACAUUAUAUGAACCAACAUUGGACUGCAGAUUCUUUCUUUCACUUUGUGAGUUCCAAACCUUUAUAGUUUGCUUCUUUUAUUCAGUAUUAUUGUGACUUGUUAGCUACUUUCAGUUUAAUCUAUUUCUGUCAACAGUAUUGUUUCAGUUUUGUAAGGGAGAAUGAAAUAUCUGGUGUUAUGCAGUUCACUUGAAAGUUGAUUUUAUUUUCAAUUAUUUGUUUUUUUGGUUUAGAAUAUUGGCUAUGAAAAUUGUAACUGUAAUUGAAAUACAAGCACCUUGAUGAUCUUUAA